AUGUCCUCAAAGGCCGAGCUUCACCCACCGCCAACUCAUAUCAAUAACGCGCACAGAAAAUGGGACACAACAAUUUUCAUCAUUGUUCUACUCAUUAUCGCGGGAUUUACGACGAUCGCAAGACUUACAUUGCGAUUUAGAGCCAGAUUGUUCGGUUAUGACGACUGGGCCAUGAUUCCGGCUCUGGCCGGAUACAUAGCGCAUUCGGUACUUGGUGCCUAUGUGAAUGCACGGGCUGGGAUUGAAAAACCACUGUGGGAGGUAUCCAUUCAGGAAUUUGAGUUGUGGUUGAAGGGCAUCGCAAUCUCCCAAUUUCUCUACCCACUCACUAGUGGCCUGAUCCGCAUCGCCAUUCUUCUUUUUUAUGAUCGUGUCUUUUCAAAAGCUAGUAAACCCAUGCGUUUCGCCAUCCGCAUCACCAUAGCGUUGACAAUUAUCUAUAUCAUCACAUUCGUCAUCUAUGCCGGCUUCCUCUGCAAGCCUAUUCACAAAUUCUGGAAACCCUUUGAGAGGGCUCGGUACUGUGGGGACAAUAUUCUGAAGUGGAUAUACGAUGCUGCGGUUUACAGCUAUUCUCUGGUGUUGGAUCUGAUCCUUUUGAUAUUGCCAGUCUUUCCGAUUCUUAGGUUGCAAUUGAGCGGUGGGAAGAAAUUUGGCGCGAUUACUAUGUUUACUCUCGGGGCUAGUGCUUGCAUAGCUGCAACGUACAAACUCGCCGUCUUCGGUCUUCAGUGGAAUAGAAUGGGGUAUAUAGACCCACGAUGGGCAAACCAACAACUUGCCCUUGUCAUACCUCCUCAGUUUGACUCUUACGGCUAUACAAUGUGGAUCCCAACACAAGCGGAAUUAUCAGCGGCCAUGAUAGGCUCAUCCUUGAUAGCACUCAAACCAUAUCUACAGCGGUUUGCUCGCUCAGCUGGGUCCAAGGUUGGCGCUUUUAUCAAGACUGUGCAGCAGAAGAGUCAGUGCACCUCUAAGGACAAUUAUUCAGGCUUGAGGUCAACGAGUCAGAGAUUGGAAGAUAGCUCUGGGGGAUUUGUUGGUGUUGGAGUUGGUAGAGAUAGAGGGGGACGAAGGGAUCCGUAUAUUCGAAUGCACAGUGGAGAGUCGCAAACAGCACUUAAUGAUGAAUUCGAACUUACGACUAUUCGGAGGGAGAAUGAAGGUAGUAGGGAGACACAGUGUAAGGGUCGCGGGAAUAGGGAGGGAGAAAGGGAGAUGGGCAGGGAGGAAGGUACAGACGUUGCCUAA